UUCGAGAUGAGUUCUUUACUCUCGGUAUACCUUCUCUUGCUUGCUGUGGCGAUUGGAUCGGCUAAAGCUGAUGAUAAUCCCUGCCAGGAUGUGCGCCUGGCCGGCUUUGUUUGCCUGAACUGCACCACUUUGGGCUACUGCAUCCGCGAAGCCAGUGGAAACUGGAACACGAUUUCGAUGCUCGGCUGCCAGUCGGAGCACAAUUUCUUCUGCAGCGAUGAGGGAACCUUCGGAUGCACCUGGCAGUCGCAGUGCAGGGUGCCGAAAAGAGGUCCUUUCCACUGCCAGCAGGAGGGCCUCUUCCCCGAUCCCUACGACUGCAGGAGAUAUCACGAGUGCAGCGAUUCGGGUGUGGACACCCCUCAUCUCUGCUCCAAUGAAGCUGGCUACUCCACUCUCGGCGAGUCCUGCGUCCUUCCCCGGGAAAGUGAGCAGUGCACGGAGGAGCAGUUCACCUGCACUCGGUCCGGACAAGUCGGUGGCUGGGCGGCGGACAAUCGGUACUUCUACGUCUGCAUCGGUGACACCGAUGACACCGCCAGCUCUCUGUAUCCACUGAUGAUGAAGUGCCGCGAUGGUUACCUCUUCAACGGCUACAGUUGUGCUCCUGCCAGUGGUUUCAAGAAUAUGGGAUCGGAAGUCGAGGAGCCUAGCAAAUGCGUUGACAAGACCAGAUACGAAUGUCCAUUCCCAAAUUCGGAGAUUCAAUACUGCAAAUGCGUCGAGGGAGAACAGCAGGUUAUUAUUUGUCCCUCAGGUUUCCACUUCGAUACCAGAAUCAUGACCUGUGUGUCUGAAAGGAUCUAUCAGUGCAAGGACUUCGAGGUUCUUGCCUGCCCCAAUAGCACCGAUAAGAAUGAGUACUGCGUAUGCAUCGAACAGGAACUGAGGGUGUUUGAUUGUCCCAAGGGACACUACUUUAACGCAGAUAUUUCGGUGUGCCAAGAAGAGUAAUAUGAUGAAUUAUAUAAAUAUAAACAUAAAUAUAUUUUGAAGCCCUAAUGCUGGUUCAAUU